GUGAGCCGCGUGCUGCGCCCGGGCGGCCGCUUCCUCUCCAUCACCUUCGCGCAGCCCCAUUUCCGCGCCCCUCACUACGCACAGGAGGCCUUCGGCUGGUCCUUGCGGCACGCCGCCUGCGGGGAUGCCUUCCACUACUUUGUCUACAUCAUGUGCAAGGGGCAGCCCCUGGCUCCCUCUGACCUGGCCCUGGGCAGGCAGCUGGGGCGGCCCCCCCCAGCCCCACCACCCCCUAUCACCAUGGCAGAGGAUGAGGAUGAAGACUUCCUCCGCGCCAUCGAACUGUGACCCCACGGCGUCACCUUUCUGUGCCUUUCUUUUUGGGUGUGGGACUCCAGCUCCCCAUCCCAGCCGUAUGGGAAGGGGGGGCAGCGGGGCCGUGUGCUGCCCAAUGCUUUGUGCCCCCCCCUCCCCCGGAUUGCAGCCAGGGUGCUGGAAAUGAGACUGCGGCGGGUUUAAUUCCAACCCCCUCAGUGCUGCUGUGACACAGUGCCAGGCCUUGGGGGGGGGGGGGAAGGGGAGGAUGUGACCCUGCCAUGCUGUCCCCUGCAGUCUGGGGACACCCCUGUGCCAGGGGAGGUGACACACAGACCAGGGUAGGUGACACUUGCCAUCAGGCACAGGGCGCCUGCGACGCACAGCAGGCAGGUGACACAGUGGCUGAAAGGGGUGUCCCAGGCCCAGGGCUCUGCCAUCAUGGUGUAAGUGGGUCAGCAGGGCCCCCCCGGAGCCAGGGGGUGGUGGGGGGGGGGGGGAGGGAGGGAGGAGCAGACGGCAGCAAUACAGGGAUGUAUUUUAUUCAUCGCAUUUUGUUCACCGUACAGUGACAAAUGGCGUUGGACGUUACAAUGGACCGUUGGUAGAACACGAUGGCGCGCGGAUCGCUCCUCUUCCUCCUUUAUUUUGUGUGUGUCUGUGUGGUUGCCUUUUUUUUUUCUCUUUUUUCUUUUUUUUUUUUCCUUUUUUUUUUUUGUUUUUUGGCGUUGUUGUUGUCCCCCAUAAACGCGACCGAAAAGAG